AUGGCAGACCCCAUCAUGGAUCUCUUUGAUGACACGCCACUGUUCAACCUGGAUGCCCUGCCAGACGAUGCCUUCACAGACCCCGUGGAGGAGGCUCUGAAACUGGCUCUGGGGCAGGUGGACCCCCCCUCCAAACCCACCCCAGACCUCUCCACCCCAGCGCUCAGCAUACCAGUGGCAGCUCCAACCAUCCCAGACCCAGUACCUGUGCAGCAGCCGGCCCCAGUCCCGGUCGCCCUCCCUCAGACUGUUUCAAUAGCUACAACAGUACCUCGGACAACACUCUCUGUAGCCAGUAACACCAGUGGGGCUGCCACAGUCAUGCUGGGCUCACCUCUGACUGUCAAUAGCUCUACUGGCACUACACAACAGAUCACCACGCAACACAUCAACACACAACAAUUCACCACACAGCAGCUCACACAGAUCGCACAGCAGCUGACUCCUCAGCAGCUAGCUGCCAUCACCCAGCAGGCCGGAGGCCAGGGAGGCGCCAAGAUCGUCAUCCUGAAAGGACCGGGGGGGCAAGCACAGGUGCUGCAGACUGUUGCUGGGACUGGCUCCCAAGCGGGGAAGGUCACCUUUGCCAGGGUACUGUCUGGAACCCAACUCAGGCCCGGCAUGCAGAUACUGUCUGGAGGAACGGUCAUGAACCAAGCGUCUCCUGGGCAGGGACAGGUGAAGGUGGGAACUGGGGUACAGAGGCUGGUUCAGUCGCCCAACGGACCCCUGAAGCAGGUACAGUUGAUCUCCAUUCCUCAGGGCCAGUCCCAGGGCCAGACGCAGACAGUCCAGGUGCAGAUACCACAGGCCCAGCUUGCCCAAGCCCAGGCUCAAGUGCAGCUCCAGACCCAAGGACAGGCGACGCAAAUCCAGCUACAGCCCCAGACACAGGUGCAGCUGCAGUCUGCCAUGCAGACACAGGUCACCGCCGCUGCUACAGGCACCACUACAGUCCGACCACAAGGGGUCACCCUCACUACAGUACCACAGCAGGUAAGACUGCCCUCUGAGCUCAACUUGGCCUAACCAUCAGGAUCAUCAAAUGCUAUGUUUUCAGUAGUCAGGAAUACAAUGACCUCCAACAACCAGGGCUCUUCACCUCAGGUCUCAAGGUUGUACAUUUGUAACUCAAUCAGCAUUUUCUAAUUUCUUGUUGAUCAUUUCUCUCUUCUCUCAGGGUGAAGCUAAGAGGAUCACUCUGGUGCUGCAGCAGCCUCAGGGUGGAACGGCCCAGGGGGGUGCUGUGACAGUCGGUGGGUCGGGUCAGCUGCAGCAGGGCCAGAGGCUGGUGUUGGGUAACCUCCCAGGGAAGCUGGUCCUCCAGGGGGGUCAGCUGGCUGCUCUCACCCAGGCCAGGGCAGGGCAGACGGGGGCACAGCCUAAAGUACUCACCAUCCAGCUACAGGUGCAGCAGCAACCCAACCAACAGGGGGGACCCAAGGUAAGGAGGAGGAGUGGCUUGAAUUAGUCGUUACAAAAUUCUCCGCUCUCAGUUAACUAAUCAGAAAUACUGACCUGUUCUAUGAAGACUUUGAUUAGUAACUAGAACGGUCUCUGUCCUGCAGUUUCAGCUGGUGUCCGGAGGGCAAGGUAGCAGCCCACAGGUUGUUCAGAUCUCCCAGGGCCAAGGUGGACAGAGACUAGCCGUGCCCCUCAAACUGCUGCUGCAACCACAGGUAUAUAUAUAUAUAUACACUGCUCAAAAAAAUAAAGGGAACACUUAAAACAACACAAUGUAACUCCAAGUCAAUCACACUUCUGUGAAAUCAAACUGUCCACUUAGGAAGCAACACUGAUUGACAAUAAAUGUCACAUGCUGUUGUGCAAAUGAAAUAGACAACAGGUGGAAAUUAUAGGCAAUUAGCAAGACACCCCCAAUAAAGGAUUGGUUCUGCAGGUGGUGACCACAGACCACUUCUCAGUUCCUAUGCUUCCUGGCUGAUGUUUUGGUCACUUUUGAAUGCUGGCGGUGCUUUCACUCUAGUGGUAGCAUGAGACGGAGUCUACAACCCACACAAGUGGCUCAGGUAGUGCAGCUCAUCCAGGAUGGCACAUCAAUGCGAGCUGUGGCAAGAAGGUUUGCUGUGUCUGUCAGCGUAGUGUCCAGAGCAUGGAGGCCCUACCAGGAGACAGGCCAGUACAUCAGGAGACGUGGAGGAGGCCGUAGGAGGGAAACAACCCAGCAGCAGGACCGCUACCUCCGCCUUUGUGCAAGGAGGAGCAGGAGGAGCACUGCCAGAGCCCUGCAAAAUGACCUCCAGCAGGCCACAAAUGUGCAUCUGUCUGCUCAAACGGUCAGAAACAGACUCCAUGAGGGUGGUAUGAGGGCCCGACGUACACAAGUGGGGGUUGUGCUUACAGCCCAACACCGUGCAGGACGUUUGGCAUUUGCCAGAGAACACCAAGAUUGACAAAUUCGCCACUGGCGCCUUGUGCUCUUCACAGAUGAAAGCAGGUUCACACUGAGCACAUGUGACAGACGUGACAGAGUCUGGAGACGCCGUGGAGAACGUUCUGCUGCCUGCAACAUCCUCCAGCAUGACCGGUUUGGUGGUGGGUCAGUCAUGGUGUGGGGUGGCAUUUCUUUGGGGGGCCGCACAGCCCUCCACGUGCUCGCCAGAGGUAGCCUGACUGCCAUUAGGUACCGAGAUAAGAUCCUCAGACCCCUUGUGAGACCAUAUGCUGGUGCGGUUGGCCCUGGGUUCCUCCUAAUGCAAGACAAUGCUAGACCUCAUGUGGCUGGAGUGUGUCAGCAGUUUCUGCAAGAGGAAGGCAUUGAUUCUAUGGACUGGCCCGCCCGUUCCCCAGACCUGAAUCCAAUUGAGCACAUCUGGGACAUCAUGUCUCGCUCCAUCCACCAACGCCACAUUGCACCACAGACUGUCCAGGAGUUGGCGGAUGCUUUAGUCCAGGUCUGGGAGGAGAUCCCUCAGGAGACCAUCCGCCACCUCAUCAGGAGCAUGCCCAGGCGUUGUAGGGAGGUCAUACAGGCACGUGGAGGCCACACACUACUGAGCCUCAUUUUGACUUGUUUUAAGGACAUUAUAUCAAAGUUGGAUCAGCCUGUAGUGUGGUUUUCCACUUUAAUUUUGAGGGUGACUCCAAAUCCAGACCUCCAUGGGUUGAUACAUUUGAUUUCCAUUGAUAAUUUUUGUGUGAUUUUGUUGUCAGCACAUUCAACUAUGUAAAGAAAAAAGUAUUUAAUUAGAUUCUUUCAUUCAUUCAGAUCUAGGAUGUGUUGUUUAAGUGUUCCCUUUAUUUUUUUGAACAGUGUAUAUAUACACACAAUAGAUGUAUCAUGUCAAAAAGUCCUGAGUUGCAAAUCUCACUUGUCAAACCUUACACAUGUAGGUUAAUUUGCCUCUUAACAACUCUUAACUCUUGUAUUUAUAUCCACAGACAAGUGCCACCUCGACGGCAGGCAGAGCAGUCUCCGUAGUGAAGGUAAUCAACACCUCUGCUGCCGGCUCCGCCCCUUCCACCACCACCACUACUAUGGCGUCACCAGGAAUACGUCUAGUCAAGGCCCAGGAGCCUGUACGGCGCUUGGAGACCCUGUGCAAGCAGGAGAAGGCCAACCGUAUCGUGGCCGAGGCCAUUGCUAGGGCCAAGGCCCGGGGAGAGAGGAACAUUCCACGAGUCCUCAACCAGGACGAACUGCCUGCCGGACAGAAGGCCGCUGACCAAGGGGCCGCUGCAACGAUCACUGGCACACCUGGAGCCAAGAAGAAAGGAGGAGGGAGUAAGAAGAAGAGCCCAGCGGCAGCAGGGGCAGGGGGGAAGGGCGGGGCUGGUGCGGAGAAGAAGGGCAAGGCCAAGGCAGCAGGUGGGGCUGGAGGUGGGACACCUGGAGGGGCUGCUGGAGGGACACCUGGAGGGGCUGCUGGAGGGACACCUGGAGGGGGCAAGAGCAAAAGCAAGGCAAAGAUCAAGUAAGUUGCGAUGUUCUCAUUCUGUUUUUUUGGGGUGUUGUAUCUAUUUCUCAAACUAAUUAUUGUUCUCAUCCUCCCCGGUCUGUCUCUGUCGCCCCAGUACGAUCACUCUAGUGGGGGGUAAGAAGAGGAAGAGGAAUUCCUCCUCAGACCACUCUGAUGGGGAGUUGAGCCCCGCCUCUCCCUCUAAGUCCCUGGAUGAGGACAUGCUUGCGGUGAGUCACGUCCCUCCUACUGACACACACUUACACACACACACGACUACACUAGAGUACAGUAGGAUCUAUUUUUCUGUCACCACUUUACAAAUACCACGUCAAUAAACACACGUCCCUGAUUUGACAUUUAUGAACAUAAUACGUACAGUACUGCACUGGAUGUUUGUCAAGACUUCCUGACCGAUGUCUGACUUUUUUAAUGUCAUCUCCCUCUUCCACCAGAAGAGGCGUUCUAACCGUCAGGUGAAGAGGAAGAAGUACACUGAGGAUCUGGACAUCAAAAUCACUGACGACGAGGACGAACCGGAGGAGGACGUGGACGUAACCACCACGACGGCGGCGGUGGCGUCCAUUACCGGAGGAGCAACAGGGCAGCUAAUGGGAGAGCAGCUCAAACAGGAGCUGCAGUUGGACGGGGACAGCCUUUCCAGCAUGCAGUUCUUUGUGGUGAGUGGGAGAUUUUGAUCAAGUUUGAGCAGUUCUGUUGAGUGAGUGUUGGUUAUCUUAUCACCUGCACAUGACAGCUGUAUAACAUGUAUAUGUAUCACAGGAAAACCCCAACGAGGAAGAUGCAGCAAUUGUGGACAAAGUUUUGUCGAUGAGGUUAACUAAGAAGGAGGUGUGUGCUUACUGUGCUGUUUGUUUUCUGUUGAUCGUUUAGUAUUUAUGGAUUUUGCUAAUUUUAGAAGUUGCAAAUCAUGUAUCAUGGUUGUUCCUCUGUUCAUAUCUGAAAGGUGUCUCCAGGACAUUACAUCAAUGCUGAGGAAUUUUUUGUCAAAUAUAAGAACUAGUAAGUCUCACUCUCCUUAUGUUCAUUACACUUGGGUUUGCUAAUCCCUGAUGAAGGUCUAUUGACUAAAAUGUUGGUGUGAGAUCCAUUAAAUUGUUUGUGGAGCAUCCAAGAUCAACAGUGCACAGGAGUGUCUUCCUUUAUCCAUAGCUGACCCCUGACCCUCCUGUUCCUUCUCUCAGCUCCUACAUGCACUGUGAGUGGGCCACUCUGGAGCAGCUGGAGAGAGACAAGAGGAUCCAUCAGAAGCUCAAGAGAUUUAAGACCAAACAUGCACAGAUGAGACACCUCUUACAGGAGGUAAGGGAAUAAUAUGGCCUCUUUCACAGAAAAAUGUUGGUAGCCCUCUGGUUGUCAAGUAGAUGGGUAUGUGUAUAGAGGAUGUAACUACAGGGAUCAUAGUCGGUGUGUUUUUGUGUGUGUUAUCCUCUCUGUGCUCCUGUCCUUAGGAGGAGGAGCCCUUCAACCCAGACUAUGUGGAGGUGGACCGGAUCCUGGAUGAGUCCAACAGUGUGGACAAGGACAAUGGAGAGGUGAGAGAAAUCAAUGACUGAAUUCUGAUCUCUACAGGACAAAUCUUGAAAUCUGUUCUUGUAAACCAUGAAUUGAUCUCGUUGUGAAAAUUCUGAGUUAGGAUUAUUUGUCUCUAACGGUGUAUUGUAUCUCCCAGCCGGUGGUGUAUUACCUGGUGAAGUGGUGCUCUCUGCCCUAUGAAGACGCUACCUGGGAGCUAAGAGAGGAUGUGGACGAGGGCAAGGUGGAGGAGUUCAGGAAGAUCCAGGACCGCCAACCUCAGCUCAAGAGAACGGUGAGUGUCAUGCUCUGUGUGGGUAUUCACUGGUCGUGUGUAUUCACUGGUCGUGUUCACCACGUUCCAUGUGAGUAGUGCCACUGCUUUAGUCCAAUAUGUUAUCAUUCCUCAGUCUAAACCAGGGGUGUCAAACUCAUUUUAGCUCAGGGGCCACAUGGAGGAAAAUCUAUUCCCAAGUGGGCCGGACCGGAAAAAUCAUGAUGUAUAUAUAUAACUUAAAAACAACAACUUCAGAUUGUUUUCUUCGUUUUAAUACGAUCAACAUACAACAUAAAGCUGGAGCCUGAGGACAGUGUGUCCAAAAUAGUACAAGCACAACAUCACUAUUAAUCAUAAAACACGUCAAGUUUAUUUGAAAAUUCUAAAGAAAAAGAACACACAAACACACAAUGCCUCAGUGAUUAACAGAACUGUUUCACAGAUCACAGAACUAUAUCAGGGUGUCAUUUCUCAGGCAGAAAUGUAGAUAAAAAUAAUGAAAUCCUGUUCCCCAAACAAGUGCAAGAACCACAGAGUCAAGAAUAGGUUAAAUAUACAAAUAAAAUAAAAUCAAUUAAAAACAAUAGCACAUCAACAUAAAAACAUAUAAACAUAAAGCUGGAGCCUGAGGACAGUGUCCAAAAGCACAACAUCACUAUUAAUCAUAAAACACCAAGUUAUUUAAAAGUUCUGAGGACAAAGAACACACAAUGCCUCAGUGAUUCACAGAAGUAUAUCACAGAUCACAGAACUAUAUCAGGGUGUCAUUUCUCAGGCAGAAAUGUAGAUAAAAAUAUUGAAAUCCUGUUCCCCAAACAAGUGCAAGAACCACAGAGUCAAGAAUAGGUUAAAUAUACAAAUAAAAUCAAUUAAAAACAAUAGCACAUCAACAUAAAAACAUAUAAACAUAAAUCUGAAAGCGUUGCUCAAACUCCCGUAACAGUCCCGUUAUUUUAUCUUUGAACCGCUUCAUGUCUGCCACAUGUUGGGUCACGCACAAAUUUUUCAGACAGGGGAAGUGAGCUGCAUCACCACCGGCAAGUUGCGUCUCCCACAAUGACAGCUUCAACUUGAAAGAACGUAUGCUGUCAUAAUACUGCGUGACAACUUUGUUGCGCCCUUGCAGCUGUUUGUUCAAGUUAUUCAGAUGCUCUGUAACAUCCACCAUAAAUGCAAGGUCCUGCAUCCAUUCUGCGGAAUGAAAUUCUAACACUGGUUUGCCCUUUUCUUCCAUGAACUGUUCAAUUUCUUCUCGUAAAUCAAAGAAACGCCUCAGCACAGCACCUCGGCUUAACCAUCUUACCUCAGUGUGGUAUGGCAGGCCAUAAAUGUGGUCUUUCUCUCUGAGAAGGCUGUCAAACUGACAGUGAUUCAGGCUUCUGGAUCGGAUGAAAUUAACAGUUUGGAUGACCACCUUCAUGACGUUAUCCAUCUUUAAUGACUUGCAACACAAAGCCUCCUGGUGCAAAAUACAGUAAAAUGUCAAAAAAUCACGUCCUCCAUUUGCAGAUUGCACUUUCUCUCUGAACUUUGUCACAACGCCUGCUUUUUUCCCGAUCAUUGAGGGCGCACCAUCUGUAGCCAGGCUGACAGCGCGGGACCAGUCCACUCCGACCCUGUCCAGCGCGCCGACGAGUGCGGUAAAAAUAUCAGCUGCUGUCGUUGUAUCUGUCAUCGGCACCAACUCCACAAACUCCUCGGUGACGGUCAAUGUGUCAUCAACUCCGCGGAUGAAAAUGGCCAGUUGUGCAACAUCUGUAAUGUCCGUGCUUUCAUCAAUUGCAACCGAAAACGGAAUAAAUGACUUUACUUUUUGCUUCAACUGGCUGUCCAAAUCCACUGAAAGAUCGGAAAUCCUGUCUGCAACUGUGUUUCUUGUCAAGCUGAUAUUUGCAAAAGCCUGCCGCUUUUCAGGGCACACAAUCUCCGCUGCCUUCAUCAUGCAUGUUUUUACAAAUUCACCCUCACUAAAUGGUUUUGAAGCCACUUCGAUUUCAUUAGCAAUGAGGUAGCUAGCUUUCACUGCAGCGUCACUGAUGUCUCGGCUGUGAGUAAACACAGACUGCUGUUUCUUCAGACCCGCCAACAGUUCAUUCACCUUCUCUCAUCUCCGCUGUCCUUGAAAGUUGUCAUAUUUGUCGGCAUGAAGACUCACAUAGUGGCGACGAAGGUUAUAUUCUUUCAGCACUGCAACAUGCUCUGAACACACCAAACAUACAGCUUUCCCAUUCAAUUCCGUGAAUAAAUAGGAUGACAAUUUUUCUUGGAACACUCUGCACUCUGCGUCCACUUUUCUCUUUUUUGACAGAGACAUAUUGGGGCAAUGAGGGUGCCAAAGCACAUAAUGUUAAAAGUAGAAGCCGUAAUAAAUAUCGCAGGCAAAACAAAGUAGCUCAUUGGCAGCACGUGCUUGACCUACUUGCUCUGCCCCGGUAUAAACAGUUUGCUUGCUUAACACAAUUGCUAUUGCGCCAUCCAGUGGACGCAAUUGGAACAGCAGUUUAUUUUAUUGAAAGAUUGCAGCGCAUUUUUAUACUUAAAAAAACAAACUUUUUUUUUUUUAAAUCAUCUCGCGGGCCGGAUUAAACCCGUUUCCGGGCCUGAUCCGGCCCGCGGGCCGUACGUUUGACACCCCUGGUCUAAACCAUUAACUCCUCUCAUUAGACCCGGCCCCAAUCAGCUGCAUGGAAGAAGUUGGAGGAAUUCAGAGAGUACAAGAGUGGGAACGUACUUCGAGAAUACCAGCUAGAGGGAGUCAACUGGCUGCUCUUCAACUGGUACAACAGGUACUGAUGUUUCUUUACGUGUUUUUGAAUGCAUUUCAUAUCCCAUUAUAUCCGUAUUAACACAUCCUCUCGGCAUACAGGCAGAACUGUAUCCUGGCCGAUGAGAUGGGUCUAGGGAAGACCAUCCAGUCCAUCUCUCUGUUGUCCGAGGUGUUUGGUGCCGGGGUCCAGGGCCCCUUCCUGGUCAUCGCUCCUCUCUCCACCAUCACCAACUGGGAGAGGGAGUUUGCCAACUGGACCGACAUGAACGCCAUCGUCUACCACGGAAGCCUGGCUAGCAGGCAGAUGAUCCAGCAGUACGAGAUGUACUGCAAGGACGACAAGGUGUGUGUGUGUCACGUUCUGUUUGUGUAACCUCAGAACAGAAGAAUGGAUUACAGUGGUUGCAGUGCUAGUGUUGUUGUGCAGUAGGAACGGUCGGAAGACAUUGAUUCUCUCAUGUUCAGAUAAUAUGGUUCUUGGUACAUCGACGUCUAGUUCCUCUAACUAGAGUGUUGUAUUACAGGAUCACCUGAUCCCAGGGGCGUAUAAGUUUGAUGCCUUGAUCACCACAUUUGAGAUGAUUCUGUCCGACUGCCCUGAGCUGAGGGAGAUCUCCUGGCGCUGUGUUAUCAUUGACGAGGCUCACCGCCUCAAGAACCGCAACUGCAAGCUGCUGGACAGCCUCAAGAUGCUGGACCUGGUGAGUAAUCAGGGGAUAGAUAGUCUAAGGGACAGGGGGACAAAUGUAUUACUUGUGAUGUGACAACUUGUUGGUCUUAUGUUUAGAAAGAUGCCUAAUAACACCCUCUUCCUCUUUUUCUCUCUGUUCAUCUCCUCCUUGUCUUUCUAUUCCACUCCCCUGUCCUCCCUGGUUCUCAGGAGCAUAAGGUGCUUCUGACUGGCACCCCCCUCCAGAACACAGUGGAGGAACUCUUCAGUCUGCUGCACUUCCUGGAGCCAGCUCAGUUUUCAUCAGAGUCUGAGUUCCUUCGUGACUUUGGAGACCUCAAGACAGAGGAGCAGGUCCAGAAGCUCCAGGCCAUUCUGAAGCCUAUGAUGCUGCGCAGACUCAAAGAGGAUGUGGAGAAGAACUUGGCGCCAAAACAGGAGACUAUUAUUGAGGUAAGUUUUUACACAACUCAAAAUGCAUAAUAUUGCACCCUAUAACCAAGGUGACCUUGUAUAUGAGUAGCACAAUGAUGUUUUUCAUAAUGGACCAUAACCAUCAAGCUAAAUACAACCUUAUCUACACAGGUGGAGCUGACCGAUGUGCAGAAGAAAUACUACCGGGCCAUCCUAGAGAGGAACUUCAGUUUCCUCAGCAUGGGAGCCACCAGCAACAGCAACGUGCCCAAUCUGCUCAACACCAUGAUGGAGCUACGCAAGUGCUGCAACCACCCCUACCUUAUUACCGGUACCUCACGCCACAACAACACUUCAAUACCCUUCCUCCUCCAAAAACAAUAACCCCAACAGCAUCUCCUCGAAAUGCAGCUAGCCUGCUAUUACCUGAUGCUUACCACAGGUUCUGUUGACCUAACAUCACUCCAACUGUUCAUCUGUAUACGCCACUGUCUUCAUACCUUUCCCAGGAUGCAAUGGUAUACAAUUUGAUAGUAACCCCCCUUCUGUCUGUUCUAUCCAGGGGCGGAGGAGAAGAUUGUGGCUGAGCUGAGGGAUGUUUACGACCCCAUGGCCCCAGACUUUCACCUGCAGGCACUGGUGAGAUCCGCAGGCAAGCUGGUCCUGCUGGACAAACUGCUGCCUCGCUUGAAGGCUGGGGGACACAAGGUGCUCAUCUUCUCCCAGAUGGUGCGCUGCCUGGACAUCCUGGAGGACUACCUCAUCCACAAGAGGUAUGGAGGUGUAGAUAGACUGCCUCAUCAACAACGUGUAUGGGCAUGUUGAAAAACAAUAGAUUUUGUUAGCAAGUUUUGUUUUACUACAUUAUCAGUCUGCGGUAGUAGACAGACUGGAUGUGAAGAGUCAUAUAGAUGAGUAAGAAGUUGUCUUUAUCAAUGUUCUGCCCAGAUAUCUGUACGAGCGUAUUGAUGGCAGAGUGAGAGGGAACCUGCGUCAGGCAGCCAUUGACCGCUUCAGCAAACCAGACUCGGACCGUUUCGUCUUUCUGCUGUGUACCCGGGCUGGAGGCCUGGGCAUCAACCUGACUGCUGCUGACACCUGCGUCAUCUUUGACUCCGACUGGAACCCUCAGAACGACCUGCAGGUAAGUCUGAUCUUUGACCCCAGGCUCCCUCUUUUGUGUCUGGUUCCUUCCAAUGUUUCGUCCUAGCUCCCUUACCACGCUGUACAAAUGGCAUCCGAUUGAUGUACUAACCCUGCCUUCUCCCAACAGGCUCAGGCGCGGUGUCACCGUAUCGGCCAGUCCAAGGCGGUGAAGGUGUACCGUCUGAUCACCAGGAACUCCUAUGAGAGGGAGAUGCUGGACAAGGCCAGCCUCAAACUGGGUCUGGACCGGGCUGUACUGCAGAGCAUGAGCAGUAACAAGGAGAGCAACGUCAAUGGAGUAAGGAGGUUCAAACUGUUGUUUACUAAAUAUGGAGUUUUAUUUUGGCUGCUGUUUGUUUAGAUGUUAACUGGUUAAUCUCUGUCCUGUUCCACCUGUUUCGCAGCAAAUUCAGCAGUUCUCCAAGAAGGAGAUCGAGGACCUCCUGAGGAAGGGGGCGUACGCCGCCAUUAUGGACGAGGAGGACGAGGGCUCCAAGUUCUGUGAGGAGGACAUUGACCAGAUCCUCCAGAGGAGAGCUACCACCAUCACCAUCGAGAGCGAGGGCAAGGGCUCCACCUUCUCCAAGGCCAGCUUCGUGGCUACUGAGAAUAGAACCGACAUCGCCCUGGACGACCCCGAGUUCUGGCAGAAGUGGGCCAAGAGGGCAGACAUAGACUUUGAUUCCAUGAAUAGGAAGGUAAUGCUGACGUCUCAGGAACCCGUGCACUCUGUGUGUUUACUCUGUCCUUGUUUUUUGUGUGUUUUGUGAGAAAAGCUAAUUUUCCUUAUGUUUUCUCACAACCUCCCUGUAGAACACCCUGGUGAUUGACACGCCCAGAGUGAGGAAGCAGACCCGUCAGUUCGCCACCCUGAGGGGUGAGGGUGGGGAGAUCUCUGACCCCGAUAGCGACGACGAGUACCCGCCCGCCAAUUCCCGGCAGUCCCGGUCCUCUAGGCGCUCCGAGCGCCACACCGGAAACGGCUACGGCCGUACCGACUGCUUCCGUGUGGAGAAACACCUGCUUGUUUACGGGUAGGUGGACUUGACUAGGUCCUGGAAGUUUUUUGUUUUUGAUAUGAUAGUAAAGUUAAGACCUGAGUUUCUAAUAAAGUAAUUGUGUGGAGCCCUCCUUUCUCACUCUGCCACCUGUGUUUGUCCAGGUGGGGGCGCUGGAGGGACAUCCUGUCUCAUGCACGCUGUAAGCGGCGCCUCGGGGAGCGAGAUAUGGAGACCAUCUGCAGGGUCAUCCUGGUCUUCUGCCUGCUGCAUUACCGUGGAGACGAGAACAUCAAGAGCUUCAUCUGGGAGCUCAUCACCCCGCCGGAGAACGGCCGGGAACCCCUCACACUCCUCAACCACUCUGGUACGUACCGAACCCCUCACACUCCUGUGUCUUACAACCUCCAACACCCAUUGUCUAGAUAUUUCUUGCUCUGUUUUGGGUAACUGUUUGCAUGUUUGUGUUAAUGUAUUUUCUCUCCCUUUAACGUUGCCUUCCAGGGUUGUGAGUAAAUGUGUCAGUGUGUUUCUCUGUCUAGGUCUGUCCAUCCCUGUUCCUCGGGGCAGGAAGGGGAAGAGGGUGAAGGCUCAGAGCUCCUUUGAUGUUCAGAAGGUGGAGUGGAUCCGCAAGUACAACCCUGACUCCCUGCUUCUGGACGACAGCUACCGCAAACAUCUCAAGCACCAGUGCAACAAGUCAGUGUGUUUUCACCUUCAACCUCUAGAGUACUGAAGUGUUUGUGCUCAGUGUUAGAGCAUUAACCCUUUUCUUUGUCGUCAGGGUGUUGCUGAGAGUGCGUAUGCUGUACUACCUGAGACAGGAAGUCAUUGGAGAACAUGCUGAUUCUGUGCUGAGAGGAGCUGAUGCCAGGUCUCAACCUAUUAAAAAUCCUCGUUAUCUGCUAUACAGUACCAGUCAAAAGUUUGGACACACCUGCUCAUUCAAAGGUUUUUCUUUAUUUGUACUAUUUUCUACAUUGUAGAAUAAUAGUGAAGAAAUCAAAACUAUGAAAUAACACAUGGAAUCAUGUAGUAACCAAAAAGGUGUUAAAUAAAUGAACAUAUAUUUUAUACUGGAGAUUCUUCAAAUAGCCACCCUUUGCCUUGAUGAGAGCUUUGCACACUCUUGGCAUUCUCUCAACCAGCUUCACCUGGAAUGCUUUUCCAACAGUCUUCAUGGAGUUCCCACAUAUGCUUAGCACUUGUUGGCUGCUUUUCCUUCACACUGCCGUCCGACUCAUCCCAAACCAUCUCAAUUGGGUUGAGGUUGGGGGAUUGUGGAGGCCAGGUCAUCUGAUGCAGCACUCAUCACUCUCUUUCUUGGUAAAAUAGCCCUUACACAGCCUGGAGGUGUGUUGGGUCAUUGUCCUGUUGAAAAACAAAUGAUAGUCCCACUAUGCCCAAACCAGAUGGGAUGGUGUAUCGCUGCAGAAUGCUGUGGUAGCCAUGAUGGUUAAGUGUGGCUUGAAUUCUAAAUAGAUCAGACAGUAUCACCAGAAAAGCACCCCCACACCAUGACACCUCCUCCUCCAUGCUUUACGAUGGGAACUACACAUGCAGAGAUCAUCCGUUCACCCACACCGCGUCUCACAAAGACACGGCGGUUAGAACCCAAAAUCUCCAAUUUGGACUCCAGACCAAAGGACACAUUUCCACAGGUCUAAUGUCCAUUGCUCGUGUUUCUUGGCCCAAGCAAGUCUCUUCUUAUUGGUGUCCUUUAGUAGUGGUUUCUUUGCAGCAAUUCAACCAUGAAGGCCUGAUUCACACAGUCUCCUCUGAACAGUUGAUGUUGAGAUGUGUCUGUGACUUGAACUCUGUGAAGCAUUUAUUUGGGCUGCAAUUUCUGAGGCUGGUAACUCUAAUGAACUUAUCCUCUGCAGCAGAGGUAACUCUGGGUCUUCUAUUCCUGUGGUGGUCCUCAUGAGAGCCAGUUUCAUCAUAGCGCUUGAUGGUUUUUGCGACUGCACUUGAAGAAACUUUCAAAGUUCUUGAAAUGUUCCAUGUUGACUGACCUUCGUGUCUUAAUAAUGAUGGACUGUCGUUUCUCUUUGCUUAUUUGAGCUGUUCUUGCCAUAAUAUGGACUUGGGUCUUUUACCAAAUAGGGCUAUCUUCUGUAUACCCUCCCUACCUUGUCACAACACAACUGAUUGGCUCAAAUGCAUUAAGAAGGAAAGAAAUUGCACAAAUUAACUUUUAAGAAGGCACACCUGUUAAUUGAAAUGCAUUCCAGGUGACUACCUCAUGAAGCUGGUUGAGGGAAUGGCUAUUUGAAGAAUUUUGAUUUGUUUAACACUUUUUUUGGUUACUACAUGAUUCCAUAUGUGUUAUUUCAUAGUUUUGAUGUCUUCACUAUUAUUCUACAAUGUAAAAAAUAGUAAAAAUAAAGAAAAACCCUUGAAUGAGUAGGUGUGUCCAAACUUUUGACUGGUAGUGUAUACGCGCACACAUGUCUACACACACACACGUCUACACGUAUAUACUGAGUCUGUCUGUGGCCUCGUAGGGAUAUUGACAUCUGGAUGCCUGAGAUGGAGCAGCUUGAGGUGCCAUCAGGCUGGUGGGAUACAGAGGCAGACCGCUCCCUCCUCGUCGGAGUCUUCAAACACGGUGUGUUUGUGAAUGUGAAAAAGUAUUUAAGAGUUUGUUUACUUGUCAAUAAUAUCUUGUUUAUUAGUAGGAAUGUGGUGCUAGGUGUUUAGUGAGUGUGUUUGUAUUAACUCUAGUGUGUUGCUCCAGGGUAUGAGAUGUACACCACCAUGCGUGCCGACGCCCAUCUCUGUUUCCUGGAGAGAGCUGGUCGCCCUGAUGACCAGGCCAUUGAUGCUGAACAGCACUCUGCAGACGCAGAGCUGGGAGACGGGUGAGCUACACUGGCUAACCUUAUUAGCACCUCACCAAACAACAAGCUAACUCUAUAUUACUGAAUUAUUUAGAGCUGGCAUCACCACCAUUAACUUGAACUUGGUUGCUGUUUCCCCCCCCCCCCAGAGGAGACGAUGACAAGUAUUCUGAAGACCCAGAGUUCAAGCCUGCGUUAAGGCACACCAAAGACCUAUACGAGGAGGUGUGAAUCAGUGCUUAUUAUUCUCAGUGAUUGAUUUUGGUUGCAGAAUAUUGUUGAUAUUAAUGAUAAUCCCUCUCCCCCAGGCUGACCCCAUGAACAUGGAUGAUGAUGAUAUCUGUGUCGAGGACAAGGCAGGGCCUGUUAAAAUCAAGGGCCCGCCCUCUGGCCAGUCUGGAGCCUGUGAGUGGCCCACUAGCUCAUCACUCACCGCGCGGCUCCGGCGUCUGAUCACUGCAUACCAGCGCAGCUACAGGAGAGAGCAGCUGAAGGUGGAGGCAGCAGAGAAGGGUGACCGCAGGCGCAGGAGGUGUGAGCAGGCCAGUAAGCUGAAGGAGAUUGCACGCCAGGAACGCCAACAGAGGUACCAACUACUACCCUCAACUAUUAACUCUGCAAGCAUAUGUGUCCUGAAUCUGAGGUACAGUUGUUGAUGUAUGUUUGUUUAAUGUGUCUGUAUGGUGUAAGGGACAGUUUGAAAUUUACUGGGUUGGGGGGCUGGUCCAAAAUAAGGGAAGGUUUUAUAGCCAAAUGUUCUCAUCUGCUUGCAUGUUUUGGUACAUCCCUUAUGUAGUACACUUUUCUGCAUGCUUACUAUACAGUCAACUCUAUUCUGCCUUCUAUUAGUGGUCGGUGGAUCGUUUGUCCAAAUCUGCAAUAGGUUAACUAGCAAUCACAUCACACAUAAAAUCAUUCAAAUCUGCACCAAUUUUCGAUAUAAAAAGCUGAUGGGCAGUAGAGGCCAUUGUGCAUGAAAGAACAGUCAAGACGUGACACGCAGCUCAAAGGUCUCCUAUUCAUCUUGUUAAGGCUAAACAAAUGUAAUUUACUGUCUAACGGAUUUUGUAGAUACUUAAAGUUGAUUUGGACAUUCAAUUUAUGGGACAUUGCAACUCAAUAGAUGCUAGUAGUCAGCCUGAAGUAGACUUCUAAAGGUAAGAUGGCUAUAGCUUAUCGGCUCUAUAAAAUCAUCGAUGCAUGGUGAAAGUCAUUUUCAACGAUUUUCCCCAAAAACCUUCCCAAUUAAAUGUUGACUGCGAAGUAGGCCUACCUGGCAGAAUAAUAUGAUGAUUUGUAUCAAUCGGGUGCACAUUUGUUUUGCAUACAGAAACACUGCUAGCCUAACACAAAUGUACUGUGACUAAAACUCUGCUGGGACAUGCUUUCAAUGGUGCUUUCAACCGUCACAAUCCUUGCUAUAUGAGCCAUGAUACAGUUCCUACCAAGUGGGUUAACCCUAUUGGCACGAUGCAUAGGGUGUUUGCCUUUCACGCCAGUGACCCGGUUUCACUUCCUUGUCCUGCCGUUUACUACAUUGGUCUCAGAAAUGGGAAUACCAAAAGGCUAAAAUCUCUUGGUGAGGUCGCAAGGUGUUCUACAAAGGUUGUUUAGUAUUAUCACGCGUUGUUUAGUAUUAUCAUUAUUUGAUCGUAGUGUAAUGAAACCGGCAGGGAGAUUGAGUUCGUCCGUAGUGGUCUGCGAACCCUCAACCUUCUGGCCCGUAGCCCUGCGUGGCAUCGGCUGUGCCAUAAAACCAUGCUGAAAUGGUCAAGUCGAUAUCCACAUUUAGAAACACAGGGUUGCUACAGUUAUUGAUAUUUGUGAUGGUAAUAUUAUUUUUUAAGUUCAUUUUUAUGAGGGGGGAUGAGCAAAAAAUGUUUUCGCUGUACAAAGGGAGGGUCAUGUGAAUUUCAAACUGUCCCUAACCGUACAUAAUUCUGGUAUAAGAUUGGGAGUGAGUUUUUAGUGUUUUACUACUUUAAGCAUCUGUCUUUUGUGUCUCCUUGCUAGGUGGACCCGUAGAGAGGAGUGUGACUUCUACCGUGUGGUGUCCACGUUCGGUGUGGAGCGGAUAAAGAAGGAGGCAGACGCCCCAGAGGGGGAGGAGGCUGAACUGGAAUGGGCCCGCUUCCGGACAUUUGCCCGUCUAGAAAAGAAGACUGACGAGAGUCUGAGCCGCUACUUCCGCUGCUUCAUGGCCAUGUGCCGGCGGGUGUGCAACCUGCGCCCCACCCGCGGAGAAGGUGAGAACUACAUCAAAUGUUAUUACACUCAAGAUAUUGAAGUGUGUAAUCACUUAAAGGUAGACUCCGCAAAAUUACGUUGCCACGAGCCGCACCGCAGAUAUUGAGAUGUGCGAGAUGCAAGACUUCGCUCUCACACAGUCACACACAGUAUCUGUGCACGGCUUCGCUUCACGCUGUACAGCAUUGUAGCCACGGGACCAAAACAGCGGAGAAGCUGAGCCUCGCGCUUCAAUGCUCUUAGUUGUUGCGGAAAUUGACCCACUGUGCUGUUUACUUUCUGCAUCUACGUCAUAUCGCUAAGUCUACCUUUUUAAAGCAGUCAAAUACACAGAACAAAAAUAUGAACACAACAUGUAAAGUGUUGGUUUCAUGAGCUGAAAUAAAAGAUCCCAGAAAUUUUCCAAUACUCACAAAAAGGUUAUUUCUCUUACAUUUUGUGCACAAAUGUGUUUACAUUCCUGUUAGUGAGCAUUUCUCUUUUGUCAAGAUAAUCCAUCCACCUGACAGGUGUGGCAUAUCAAGAACCUGAUUAAACAGCAUGAUCAUUACACAGGUGCACCUUGUGCUGGGGACAAUAUAAGGCCACUCUAAAAUGUGCAGCUUUGUCAAACAACACAAUGCCACUGAUUUUGAGGGAACAUACAAUUGCCAGCCACCAGGACAGCUGUUGAAACCGGGUUUGCACAACCGAAUAAUUUCUGCACCAACUGUAAGAAACCAUCUCAGGGAAGCUCAUCUGCGUGCUUGUCAUCCUCGCUAGUGUCUUGACCCGACUGCAGUUUGGCGUCGUUACUGACUUCAGUGGGCAAAUGCUCACCCUCUAUGGCCACUGGCACGCUGGAGAAGUGUGCUCUUCACGGAUUAAUCCUGGUUUCAACUGUACCGGGCAGAGGGCAGACAGCGUGUAUGGCGUCGUGUGGGCGAGCGAUUUGCUAAUGUCAACGUUGUGGACAGGGGUGGGGUUAUGGUAUGGGCAGGCAUAAGCUACGGACAACGAACACAAUUGCAUUUUAUCGAUGGCAAUUUGAAUGUACACAGAUACCGUGACGAGAUCCUGAGGCUCAUUGUCGUGCCAUUCAUCCACCGCCAUCACCUCAUGUUUCAGAAUGAUAAUGCAUGGCCCAAUGUUGCAAGGAUCUGUACACAAUUCCUGGAAGCUGAAAAUGUUCCAGUUCUUCCAUGGCCUGCAUACUAACCAGACCAGUUGGUAUAGCAUGGCGCUUGCAACGCCAGGGUUGUGGGUUCGUUUCCCACGGGGGGCCAGUAUGAAAAUGUAUACACUCACUAACUGUAAGUCGCUCUGGAUAAGAGCGUCUGCUAAAUGACUAAAAUGUAAAAAAAAAGACAAUAAUGUAAGGCAAGAAACAACGCAUGCCUUUUUUUGUGACUUUUUCAAAUCAUAGUCUAGCCCAUAGGCCUAUAUGUUUUGAUAAGGUUUGUAUCACAACUAAAGUGGCCAAAUAACUUCUUAAAAUUAAGCACAUUAAUCCGCUUUACAAGGGGUGUAGCGCCUAACUGGCAUACAUACACAGCGCAUGAGUGUCAAGUUUGGGGAAGAUAAUUUUCAACAUAAAAAUGCACCUUUUAUAAUAAAAGCAUUACAUGCAUAAUCGCAUUUGCGGUCACUUUUGAGAAUGGUGUUUUCCAGCUAAUUCAUUGCAUUUUGGAACCUUUGUGCUUAUAGCCUACUGCCGUGUAUGCAUUGCUGCGCUUAUAAUGUGAAGAAAUAGCCUAAUAGUUUAUCAACAUUUUAAGCUAAAUGUUCUGAUCUGUUGCAUCAGCCUCAUUGCGUAAUAAUGUUUUUUUGAUGCUAGUGGUUGUUUUAAUUUGGGAUCUAUCGCAUCCCACAAUUGUCCCAGACUAUGUUUGGAAUAUUUAUUUAUCGCACAGAAUAGAAUAGGUUGACUUUUGUACUAUGGGGGAUAGUAGAUUGACAUAGGCUAGUGCUCAUCUUGUUGGCUGACGAAAAGUAAAUGUGGACAGUUCUUCCAAUAUCUUAAAUAUGCGCCUCGGAAUUGGAUAAGGACGCACACAGGUGUGUCCCCGAUGUCUGUCUUCACUUGUAGCAGUAUCAAGUGCUUGUCAAAUUGUGAAUGAGAGACUGAUGAAGUGUGUGUAGCCCGAGCAAAAAAACUAAGCAGAGCUCAUGCCUUUCAUGCAACUUUUAGUCGCUUCAUGCAGCCUUAGAAUGUAUUAAAAAUCUAAACAUAUAACCCAACAUUUGUAUCACAACUAAAGUUGCAUAAAUAACUCUAAAUUAAGCAUAAUAGGAGGACCUGUUUCUAUGUUAACCGUUCAACACGGAAUAGCUGCAUGUGCCCACUCCCUCAAAUCAUUUGGAGAAAAUAUCAUUUUUUAUUUGAUUUUCAUGCUAUAAAAUAAUGCCACGGAAUUCUAAGCAAAUCUUGUCUGCUAAAUGAACUAGUGUAGCCUACAGCCAUAUGGCAUAGCCAGAUCAGGGCCUAACAUAAGGACAACUCAGAGUAUGCUAUUCUGUUUUUCUGAAAUAGAUUACAUUUUCUUCAGAUCAUGUUUCUUUAGACCUUUCUAAAAUAAAUAAUGGAUUUAUUGUGAAGGUGUAGUCUAUAUUACAUGGAUGUAUUAGACUUCUUAAAAUGUAGAUUUUCCAAAGGUCUGCAUCAGUGGCUUGCAGGCUAUGCAUGGAAGCCAGGAGAGGCUUAAUGUGUUUGUUAAUUAACGGUCAAUUACCGUGAGACCGGCAGUUAUUUGCUUGACAAUCACCGGCUGACCAAAUGUCAUGACCGCCACAUCCCUAAGUGGGACAACAUUCCACAGGCUACAAUCAACAGCCUGAUCAACUCUGUGACGGAGAUGUCACGCUGAAUGAGGCAAAUGGUGGUCACACCAGAUACUGACUGGUUUUCUGAUCCAUGCCCCCUACUUUUUUUAAAGGUAUCUGUGACCAACAGAUGCAUAUCUAUAUUCCCAGUCAUGUGAAUUCUAUAUAUUAGGGCCUAAUGAAUUGAUUUCAAUUGACUGAUUUCCUUAUAUGAACUGUAACUCAGUCAAGCCUUUGAAAUUAUUGCAUGUUGCGUUUUAUAUUUUUGUUCAGUGUAUUUUAAAGCAUGGUGUUUAAUAUUUCGGUAGAUCUGAAGAGAGACAUAUCCCUAACCCCUCUCUCCCUCCCCAGACCCUUCAGAGCUAGGCCAGUCUCUGGCCCCCAUCACUGAGGAGCGGGCCUCUCGCACCCUGUACCGCAUCAGCCUGCUGCGCCGUCUCCGUGAGCACGUCCUGCCUCACCCCUCCCUGGAGGAGCUCCUGCUGCUGGCACCGCCCAGCUCCGAGCUGCCUGCCUGGUGGAGCACUCCAGCCCACGACCGGGAACUCAUGCUGGGUUCCGCCCUCCACGGCGUCAGCCGCACUGAGCUCUCGGUCUUCCUCGACCCGCAGUUCUCAUUCAGCCAGGCCCGCCACGACUACCUCGAGAACCAGCAGAACCAGCCCACCCCCGCCACUCCCCUCCGCCAACCACAGGCAGAGGAGGGCUCAGCCGUCAAAGAAGACGAGGGGCUGGACAAGGAGUCCCGCAUCCUUGGAACCUCUGAGGCUCUCGGCCACUCAGAUACUCAGACCACACCCCUCUCCCGCCCCGAUGGGAAGGGCCGAGCCCGGACCGGCUUGGGAUGGAAGAAGAGCAGGGGGAGAGGGCCGAGAAGUGGAGGAAGUAAAGGAGAAAGAAGUGUAGGAGGGAUGUCAGAUUCCGAUUCCGACUCUGAUUCCGGCUCAUCUACCUCCUCCCAGCGAUCAGGCAGCUCUGACGACAGUGGUGACAGUGACACGGAGAGGGGUGAGUGAUGACUGAGAGGGGUGAGUGAUAUAGAAGUGUGUGAGGAUUGAGUUAAGACAAGGGGUUGAACACACAUUGAUGGGGUUUUUUGUUCUGUUUUCAGCUGCUCUAAAGAUGGAGGAAGAUGGGGAGAACAGCUUACUCUCAAUGACCCCAUCUCAAGAUGGCGCUCCACCAGAGUCCCUCACCGACCCCUUCAGGGUUGAUUGGCCCAAGGUAUGUGGGGGACAUGUACUGUCUGCAACUAUAGAGUGUGGAUGAUCUGGUUGCUUGCACGUUAGUACUUCAAAUACAGUAUUAAUGGGAAGUUGAAUAUAAACUGUACAGUAGAAGGGGUUGUUGCGUUGGAGUGAUUGGCUGGUUUCUCCCUCAGGACCGUGUGUUGAUAAACCGUCUGGACAGCCUCUGUACCCUGGUGCUGUCUGGGAAGUGGCCAACAGGGCGGCGCUACGCCUCUGACGCCCAGCUCAACCCGGGAUCUGACGACCUAGGGGCAGGGGAUGAGCUCAGCUUUGCACGGCUCAUGCGGAAAGGCAACAGCACGCCCGGUGGAGAAGGAACAGAUGAACAGGAAUCAGAGUUCACCGUCAAACUCCUGAAGGUGAGAUGAGAGGAACACAUUAAAGUUGAAUCAAUUCUGGUGCUGGGGACCCACAGGGUGUGCAGGCUUUUGUUCUAGCCCAGUAAUAACACCUGAUUCAGCUUAUUAAGUCAUUGAAGUACAUCGGGAUAAAGCUUGGUUGACUGAGGUACAGAUGGGAUGACUAAAUUGUCUGUCCUCUUUCUCCAUCCCCCUUUUUUUUACUGUCCUACUUUCUUAGGAGGAGGGGCUGAAGCUGACCUUCUCUAAGCAUGCCUUGAUGUCCAAUGGGUCAGGGGGAGAGGGGAGCGGACGCAGGAAGCGUAGGGACCAAGAAGUACACAUAUAUACAAUACUAGUGCACAUUCUCAUACAGUCAGAGGUUAAGACUGCUCAUAAUACACAAGACAUGCACAGAUAUUGUCUGAGAACAGUAGACAAUAGGAAGUAUACAGAUGUGCAGACGAAACAAACUCGCAAAAACUGACUAAACAAACUCUGAAAUCUACAUACUCAAACAUUCAUGUAAUGUUUGUAUUUAUCUUGCCUCAUUCACUCUCUUCCACCUAGUUGUCAGAUCCAGACGGAGCGGUCCCGGUGGUCGAUGCCAUGACGGGCACAGUGCUGAGUGGGGAGCGGGCCCCUCGCCGCAGGGACCUGCCCAACUGGCUGAAAGAGAACCCAGACUAUGAGGUGGAGGGAGACAUGUUGGAGGUACAUUUACCUGGAAGAUUAUGUCCAUGUCGGUCUCUGCCUAAGUCUCAAUUGAGGCUCUGGCCAGAAGUACUGCACUUUGUGAGAAAUUCAGGAUCAUUCGAGAUUUACAAUGGCGGCUCUAGUGACUCUGUCCCCCCCCCCCCCCAGCUCCUUGUGAACCGGAGGAAGAGGAGGAGGAAGAAGAGGAUUGAGAAGGCCGCAGCGCUGUCGGGCAGUGAGAAGGUUAAGAUCAUUGAUAUGAGGACAGGAAAGAAGGUGAGAAAUGGCAAAGGAUGAAUUACAUGGGUGCAUGGGGUUCCUCUGUCAAAUAUGUAUGUAUUUAUUUGUGGAUGUUGAUUGCUUAAGUGUGGAUUUUCUUUCCUUUUUACUCAGGUUGGGGCUGCGUAUGGACCUAUGCUGCAGGAUCUGAGGGAGUUUCUGGAGGAGAAUCCUGACUGCGCAGUAGCACCAGAAUGGGCUGAGACGGUCCGGAGCUCUGUGAGUACCCUUAUUAACUUAUUUACAGCACACGUCAAUGAAUCGGUUCUGCUUCAGAUUGUAAAAUAUUCCCCAAAACUGAUCCUGGUUCACUCCAUCUUGUCCUUCCAGGGCUUUCUGCCAGACAGCCUCUUCCACCGGCUCCUCUCCGCACGCUCUGUCAUCCCCAAGAGAGUCCGCCGCCACCACCACCUCUCUCCCCAGCCUGCCCCGCUGGAGGAUCCACUCCUGGGCGGAGGUGAAGAAGAGACCCUGGUCUCAGACGGGGCCUACAUGAUGGAGGACGAAGACUUGGAGGAUUCCACUUUCCUGACUCAAGCUUUUGAUGUUAAGAUGGAAGGCGGCGAUAGCUUGUCACAAGGUGGAUACCAGAGUUCUGACAGAGAGGCCCUUUUGGAUGACGUCAUCAUGGCUCAGAAGGACUCAGACUCUUCCUCCAGCUCAGAGGAUUGA